UAAUUAAAGUUAGCAAUCAAGUGGCACAAUAUGUACAGCAUUAUCCGCAUCUUUAUUUUGGGAGGAGCACUCAUUCAGGCAGUGCCACUGACAACCCACCCAGAAUUGCCCGAAAAGGAUAUCGAAGAGCCAUCAGUGCCCAAUGAGGACAUCAUAGACUUGAGUUUCUAUGGCGCAGCCUUGUAUGGUAAGCCUGAUCGAGGACUAACUGCCGAGCGGGUCAGCAAUUUCAGUGCCGAAACAGACAAUGUGAAUCCCGAGGAGCUGGGCAGCUACCUCGAGGGAGACAUACUAAUACCUCAGGUCACCAUGAGAAACGGAGUGGCCAAUUACUCGUUGCGCUGGCCCAACGGUGUGAUCCCAUACGAGAUUCGUGGCAGUUUCAAUGCAUAUGAACUAUCAUCCAUAAGAGAGGCCAUGAAUGACUAUCAUCUGUUUACGUGCAUCCGAUUUGUGCCGCACAACAAUGAGAGCGACUUUGUAAUCAUUAGCGAUGACGGCUCGGGCUGUUGGUCGACAGUGGGUCGAAAGGGUGGUCAACAGAUUGUAAAUUUGCAGACACCUGGCUGCUUUCGACGACCCGGCACAGUGAUCCACGAGCUGAUGCAUGCCGUCGGCUUUCUGCACGAACAGAGUCGCAUGGAGCGCGAUGACUUUGUGAUCAUCAUGCCCCAGAACAUACGCCCAAGAAAUCUAAGGAAUUUUCGAAGGGUGAACAAAACGGCGGCAUUUGGAGUGAAAUACGAUUUCGACAGUGUCAUGCACUACUCAUCAAGAGCCUUCUCCCUCAACGGUGAACAGACUAUGGUUGCUAGGGUAGAGGAAAAUACUGUGCGAAUGGGCCAGCGUUUUGGAUUUUCUGACUUGGAUGUGGAGAAGAUCAAUCGAAUGUACAAUUGCAGUGGCUACAGAGUAACUGAUCCUACUCUCUUGCCCACUACUAUAGAUUCUAGUGAAAAUCCUGAUGUAGACAAUUGGCUCAAUUCAGUCUUAAGCAAAUUGGGUCUUGAAGAUGGCCGACCAGAAUUGGUUACACCUUAGAUUAUACAUUAAUUUUAGUCAUCCUAAAUGAUUUUUAAUUGGCUUAAGAGCAGGGUGUCAAACCCGAAUUGGUAUUGGAAUCGAUAUCCCUUGUUUAUAGAUUGAAAAUCAGAAUCGGAAUCAGAACUUAAAUCCAACAUUUUUUUGGAAGUUAAAUCUCGGCGGUGUUAUUAUUUGUCCCUAAAAGAUAGCGUCUAAGAUCCGUUUGUUUAUACUGAUGAGCAGGCUGACUAACUUGGCUAAAGCGAUUCAACUAGAUUGUGAUCCCGAUACCCAUUUUAAGCGCGUUCAGAGUGUAACAAGAAUGGAAUGUUCUCAUUUAUUUUCGAAACUUUCGUAGUGUACCCUAAAAAUAUUGGAAUAUUUUAAUGAAUUUGUCUACUUUGCGUACCAAAAGAGGAAGAUUUGUUUUAUUACAAUCAACAGGAUAUUCAUGCUUAU